AAACUGCGUGGCAUUUUGAUUUAUGUCAUCGGAAGCAGGGAUUUACAGUCCCACGGCUCUCGUCUCGUAAACGGCUGAUCUGAGGUCAGAUCGAGCGGAUAGUUCUGCGCUUGCAGCGUGUUGCUGUGCAGAUUGAAGCGCGCGCGGAGCGGAGGCGGGGCGUCGUAUCUGUUUCUAUGGCGACCUGCCGCUUGUAAAUAGCGUGUUUUCUUCUCCAUGCGAACUCAAACACAUUCUCACGGCGCGUGGACACACGGCUCUAUCUGUCCGUCAGAGUCACACGACAACACACCGCUCCGGGUAUCUGACACAUUUCGAGCUCAGGAAGUUGCUAUUUGUGUUAGCCUUCUUUUUUUUUUUUUUUACAUAAAGCAAAUAUUUGGAUGAGACAUUGGAAGAGAUGGAGAAGUAUGAGAAGAUCAGUAAGAUCGGGGAAGGCUCGUACGGAGUCGUGUUCAAGUGCAGGAAUAAAGACAACGGACAGAUUGUUGCCAUCAAGAAGUUUGUGGAGUCUGAGGAUGAUCCCAUCAUUAAGAAAAUAGCACUCAGAGAAAUCCGCAUGCUGAAGCAACUGAAACAUCCAAACCUGGUGAAUCUGAUCGAGGUGUUCAGAAGAAAGAGAAAACUGCACCUGGUGUUUGAGUACUGCGACCACACUGUCCUAAAUGAGCUGGACAGAUACACAAGAGGCGUUCCAGAACACAUGGUUAAAAGCAUCAUCUGGCAAACACUUCAGGCUGUGAACUUCUGCCACAAACAAAAUUGUAUCCACAGAGAUGUGAAGCCUGAAAAUAUUCUCAUCACCAAACAUCAGGUCAUCAAACUCUGUGACUUUGGCUUUGCCAGGAUCCUCACGGGUCCAUGUGAUUAUUACACGGAUUAUGUAGCGACGCGGUGGUACAGAGCUCCAGAACUGUUAGUAGGGGACACGCAGUACGGGCCGCCAGUAGACGUCUGGGCAGUAGGCUGUGUGUUUGCAGAGCUGCUCUCUGGUGCUCCUUUAUGGCCGGGAAAAUCUGAUGUAGACCAGCUGUAUCUGAUCAGGAAAACUCAGGGCGAGUUGAUUCCUCGACACCAGCAGGUGUUCAGCACUAACCAGUUCUUCAGUGGAGUUUGUGUCCCUGAACCACAGGAGAUGGAGCCUCUUGAACUGAAGUACCCAAAUAUCUCGUACCAGGCGCUGAGCCUCAUGAAGGGUUGUCUGCGGAUGGACCCGGCUGAGAGGCUGUCCUGUGAGCAGCUACUGGAGCUGCCAUACUUUGACAGUCUGAGAGAAGAGAGCGAGAGUGUCACACGUGAACUGGACCGCAAGAGACGCACACGCCACCCACGCAAACACCUGCCUCCUGGGUAUCUGCCUCAGUUGGCCAGCAGUACUGUCUUCCCAGCCGUGGAAAACAGAAAAUACUAUAACAACCUGCGCAAAUUCAACUAUCAUCUACCCAACAUAUGAUUUAUUGACUCAUCAGGAACCCGAGAGCCUACCGACCACCUCCCGGCUGGUGUGUGUGUGUGUGUGAGAUAGACAAAGGGCUCUGCUCUGCUUGUAGAACGAUGAUGUCACACUGCCAAAGCGAAGACUCACAGAGGCAUUUCUGUAAUAUAUAAAAUGACAACAGCAAUAAUAAUAGCGUUAAAACUGAAUGCUGUGCUGUGCUUGAUAGUUUGAUUAGAAACUGACUUCAGGGCUAUAGAAGAGUUUGCUCUGUGGGGCAGAUUUAUUUAUUUUUUUUACCUUUAUUAGAUCCAGAUGUUUUAAUUAAUUAUAAAUCCUAAUGAUGUUUGAAGUGUGUAUAUGUGACUAAAAAAAUUUCUAGAGACAUAACCAGACCCAGAAAAAAAAAUCAACAAACAUUCUUUUAGAUUUUCUGUAUAUAAAAUACUGGAAUUUUGCAUUAUGGAAUGAAUUUUAAAAAUCAGAAUUCUGAGUUGCUGAAAGCAUGAUCAAAUUAGCCAAAAUAUUUAAUAAAUGAAGUCUUUGGGGAUGUAUAGAACUUGUUUGAAAUGCUCUUUCUGUGUGGGCCUGGAAAUAAGCCUGUAAGCGCUUUGGGUGUACAGCAAUACACAAUAAAGCGCCAUAUAAAUGCCUCAUUCAUUCAUUGUGGACAUAAUGAUCUUUUUGUUGCCUUUAUGAGUGGUGCUAAUUGCACCAGUGACUUGCAGCAAAUGCCAAAUUCAAUGUGACUUGCAAAUGUGUUUUUUGUUUUAAAAUAGAUGGAUUGUUUGUUUUCAGACUAAAUCAUUAAAGUGCUUGCUGCAACAUA